AUGCCAGCGGAGCAGCCCCUCAGAGCACUGCCCCCUGCCACAACUGGACGAGACUCGGGGCGUACCUCCCAGCCUCCCAAGGAGGGCAGCACCCAGGUCAGCCUCAAGGGCACAAAGGAGGUGGGCAGUGAGGUCCAGGCCACAGAGCCCCCGAAGUCUCUGCCAAGGCAGGCCAGCGAAGUGGGGCCCAGGACUCUGAGCAGCAGCCCAUGGCAGCUCGGAAAAGGGGGCGCCCCCCAGGGGUCCCCCGGGAAGGGCCACACUCAGACGAGAGUCCGACGACCAGGCAGGGAGCAUGGUGGCCCCCAGCAACUCUACAGGCUGAGCAUCACCAGCACAAAGAACGAGACCCCUGAGGGACGCCCAGGUACGGGAGCCCCCCUAACACCCAGCCUUCCGAGGGCCAAGAGUGGGCCUCCGUGUAAAGAGCUCAACUCUCACAGGUGCUUUCCAGAGACCCCCUCCCACUUUACCUCCACCGACUAUACCUCACCCAGCCCCACGCCUGGGCCCCCGCCCCUGAGAGCCCCCCGGACCCAAGGGCCCAGCAGACCCGCCUCCUACACAGAAUUUCCAGCUGGCAGGGCCGACGUCUGGUCUCCUGCCUCCGAGAACAGUUUCCCAGCUGCUAAUUUCGGGGUCCCGCCCACCAAGCCCGAGACUUUCCCUGAAGGUGGUGGGCCCAGCCCGGGAGCUGGGGUGGGCCCCUUUCAAUGUCCUUUCCCAGUGCUGCACGGAGCUGGCCCAAAGGCCUUCGCGGUGGACAGGGCCCAGCACAAGUACACAGACGAUGGAGCGUUUACCUUCCACCCAACUCCCCACUCAUGGCCCAAGGGGCCAGUGGGCCCCACCCAACUGCCACCACCUCCACUGCUGCCCCCAUACUCCGGGCCAGCCAGCAGCCUCGAUGCACCCCAACAUCUCAGUAGGACUCUCUCCCCUCCUGGGGCUGUUCCCCACACCCCCAGCCCCUUCCCAGGUAGUCUACACAAAAGCCUGACCCCAGCCCUGCCCGAGAGGCCACCGUCCGCCCACGAUGGGGCGGCCAGUCCAAGGGGGCCCCUAAACCCUCUGCCCCCCAUGCACUUUCUGGGUAAACCCUACAACAGCCCAGGGCCCAGCAGCCUGGGCACCAGCCCGGGGCCUCUGGACAAGGAACUGGCCGUCCCGAGACCCGCUCCCACUCCACGACCCCAGCUAUGGGAAGGGGCCAGUGAAGUCCUGCCCCUAGUGGACCCCACCACAGCCCCCUACCCUGCCGUGCCCCCGGCACCCCCAGCCCCAGCCAGGGGCAUGUUCUUUGAAGGUCAGAGACUCUGCCUCCCACAGAGCCCCCCACUGCCCUGGUCCCCUGUGCUCCCGGCUCCUGGGUCCCAGCCAACACCCAUGGAGCUACUGAACCAACUGCCGUACUCCACCAGGGCCCCUGAGUGGCCAGGCAACAGCCAAGGUGCCCUGGGCGGCCCCAGCCACACAGCCGGGACAGCAGAGAAGCUGACAGUACCGAGGAACGGCUCCGGGACCCCCAACAGCAGCCCCUCAGGGCUGUUUCCGUACAGCAACCUGCAGGACCCCAGCACCCAGCCCCUGUUCUUCGGGGUGACCCCACCGCAGGCUUCACCCCGAGGGACUCCUGGUCUUCCCCUGCCCAGAGGAGUGGGUGCCUCCCCGAGUGAGUCUCCACUUCCUUCACCAGCCACCACCGCGGCCAGUAGCAGCUCCUGCUCUUCCUUGUCACCACUGUCCAGCAGCCCAGCCAACCCCAGCUCAGAGGAGGGCCAGCUGCCCGGACCGCUAGGGCCUUCGGCCUUCUUCCACCCCCUUCCCGCCCACCCCCAGGAGGGCAGCAGUGCCUUCCCACCCUCAGAGCCCCUCACCACCCUCCCCAUCCACUACCAGCCUGAGCCCAAGGCCUUCCCGUUCCCCGAGGAGGCUCUGGGGGCCGAUGGGGCCUUGGAGAGCCUGCAGGAGGUACCGUUUACCAGCGUGGGCCCGGACUCAGCUAGAGCGGCCCUGGGAGGCUACCCCCAGGAGCCCCUUCCCUACUCAGCCCACCACUUCCCCCUGAGCAGCGCCAACCUGGACCAGCUGGAUGUGCUGCUGACCUGUCGGCAGUGUGAGCAGAACUUCUGUAACCUGGCCUCCUUUCUGCAGCACCGUCAAUUCUGUGGUCCACUGCCCAGGGCCCCAGCUGACACACACCACCCGAGUCUGCUGGGCCACACCAAACUGGCCGGCUUCUUGUCGGACGGGGACGUCCUCCAGGGCCUCGCCGCCACCCCCCUGCCACUGCCGGCCUCCGACCUGGACCUGGAGGAUGUGGCGAAGCUGGACAGUCUCAUCACCGAGGCGCUCAAUGGCCUGGACGACCCCUCGCAGCCCCCCGAGAUUGACAGCAGCUUCAUCGACGUUUUUACCGAUGAGGACCCUUUAGGCCUCAGGGUCCCCAGUGCUGGGCAGACCCCCAAGACCAAAGCAGGGCCGACUCCAGAGCCCAGGGCCCAGUCUCUGCUGCCAUCCCCGACGUCCACCCUGAAGCCCAGAGCCCCCAGCCCUGGAGCCAAGGACUGCACACCCUGCCACAGACCUGAAACCCGCUCUCAGGGUCAGGUGCCCCCAGAGGCAGAGGGGGCCAGGCCCCCCAGGAGGGGUAAGCGGUUCAAGCUGCUCCGAGAGGGACUGGACGCAGCCCAGGGGCCAGGAGAAAGCUCCAGGGCCAUCGGGCUGAGACCCAGGAGGAAAGGCAGAAGAAUAGACAGCCCCCCGCACCAAGCACGAACCCCCCGGGCCCCCAGGGGCCACGCGGACACAGGUGGCCAGACCCUGAAUGCCAGCCCGCUGCCCACACGGACCCAGAGCUCACGGUGCCCGCGUCUGCCCCGCAGCAAACUCAGCCGGCGGCGGACAACACGGAGCGGCCGCUGGAGCAAGGAGCUCAUCCACAAGAUUGUGCGGCAGAAGAACGAGCUUCGUGACUAUGACUAUACCUCCGAGGCAAAGGAGGACCAAGGCCCGGGAGCUCCACCUGGUCCUCCGCAGCAGGCAACCAGGGCCCAAGUCCGGACUCGCCUCAGCUGUCAGGGAGGCAGACGAGGGGAGAAGCGGAAGGACGUGGAGGGGACCCCAGGUCCCAGAGAGGAGCAAAACCAGUGGACACCCAAGAAGCUUGUGAGGCAGGAAGCUAGACUGGACAGGGACUCCCGGGUCCCAGGGGCACUCGGUGCAGAGCCCCAGGGGGAGACAGUGCCCAGGGGUGCCAGCACAGAGACCCCUGAGGAAAAGUGCCCACUCCUGAGGGUCUCCCGAGAGACCACGCAUGCUGAACUUGCUGGAGAAGCCCCCACUGGCAGCUCCUCACUUGUAGAGGAUUCUCACCUGUCCCUCAGCAACGGCGAAGUCAAAGGCAGCAGCCCCCCAGCCCCUGAGCAGCCCCAACCUGGCCGAGAAGAUCCCAGUCCACCUCAGUCAUCAGGAAUCAUUGCCUGCAUGAAACAGAGGGGGCACACCCCACCUUCAGGUGCAGAUGCCCAGCCCCUGCUCUCUCCUGACCAAGGGCCGCCCCCCAAGUCCCAGCCAGGAGAAGGUCUCAUGCCCACUACAAGUACCCUGAAUGCUGCCCACCCGGCACCUACCACGCUGCUUGUGAAGAGCUGUGGUCUGGGCUGGGAGCCUCUAGAUUCUGAAGGUGACCCUGUGGGGGUCUCUGUUGCCAAAAAAGGUCCCCAGCCCUGUGGACGCCCCUGCAUUGACUUCCUCCUUGGGUCCAAAAUGCAGGACGGCUCCUGCCUCAAAGACCUGGGCUCCAAACCCUCAGCCCAGGACGGGCCAGUCCACAGAGUAUGCCUUUGCCAGGACAAUGUGGACACCAGGCCCCUCAUACCCAAGUCUCCCAGGAAUGUCUCUCAGCCCACUGUAACCAAGCCCAGUGACACACAGGCCCUGCUAACCCUGGAGUCCACCUCACUCUUCAGCAGGCUGCCCGUGGACGGCUUCCAUCCCCCGAUCUAUGACACCCGGCUGGCACACAAGGACAACCACGUGCCGCCCACCUGUACCACCCCACUCCUGAGGAGACCCCUGCUGGAACCCCAGUGUACCCCUGAGAAGGUCUGGUCAGUGCUGGGCGACAUGUGCCCUGAACCCCUGGGUGGAAGGUCGUGUGGCCAGAGGUAUCAAGGUGAGGGGCCCUCAGUGGCCAGCCUACACCCCCUGCCGGGGAAGGGACAAGAGCAUGGUGACCUGGAGAGCAGCACAUCAGAGGAGGAGCUAGAAGUUAAGCGGCUGGUCACCGAGCUGGAGAGCCAGCUUCAGACUAGCACGGCCCAGUGCCAGGCUCCCAUGCCACCGGACUCAGAGCCUGUGGGCAGCAGAUACCCAGCAAGUGGCCCGCUCUUGACAGAUGGCCUUGCUAGUCUUGGGAGGUCAAGUCCUUGUCAGGAUCAUCAGGGAAUGAUGGUGGCAUCCGAGGAAGGAACCCGGGGAGACUCAGCCUCCCACCCCACCAUGGCAGUGGUCCUGCAUCCUGGUGUCCAAGAAGCUCCGAUCGGCCCCUCUGGGCCCAGCCACACUGCUCAACCAUCUCCCCAGACAGCCAGAGACCAGAAGACGGAGCCCACGCAAGCCCAGAGAGACCACAGUUCGCCCCCCACCUUCAAGCUGAUCCCACCCCCUCUUGAUGCAAACGGUACAACGGAACGCAGCCCAGACCAAGAGCCUUGGUUCCCUAGAAGUAAUGAGACCACCAGAACACAUCCAAGUGGGGAGACCCUGAUGCUGCAUCCCCCAAAACUGGGAGGAAUCCAGUGCCCAGAGCCCCUCGAGGCAGGGGGGCCGUGCCAAGAUGCCAAACUGGGGACCUGCUACAGCCCCAUCGCCCAUUCAAUACCUGGUAUGGAGGGCCAAGCUGGUGGGAGUCUACCUCUGGGGGCCAUGUCCCCCUCUAGUAGCAGACACUGCCAUGCACCCCAGAAAUGCUCACUGGGUAACAAGGGGUCCAACUCAGCAGAGGUGCAACCAGAACCUGUGUCCCCCAUCGCCAGUCCCCUGGGUCAGCUCCGACUCCUAGUGACCAGAGCCACUGAGAGCAAAGGUGGAGCCCAGUUUCCUCAGCUCAGCAAGCCCUCAGGUCCAGGAGGGGAUGGUUUGGACAGUAGCUGCGUGACCCACAGCCAAGGGACAACUGCCUGUGCAGUGGCCGGACAUCCUCCAGAAACAGAGGCAGAUAGAUGCCUGGGCUCGGUCAGCCAAGCCAAGUCUCAGGCCCCAGAGAGACAAGGCCAACCCAGCCAGUGGCAGCCAGAAGAGCAAGGGGACCCAGAGGAGCUCACCUCUGCCAAGAUCAAACCUGGGGCAGCACUGACCAGGCACGCUGGGGGGACGGACAGGCUCAGAGAACAGCUCGAGGGAGACAAAGUGGCCUGGAGUCCACAGUACAAGGCAGAGAACCCCCCAAGUCCCACGUCGCCUGACAAGGAGACCUCACUCCUGGCCCUGACGGUUACCCAUGGGCAUGAUGACCAUGUGGCAGAGAAGGUGGCCAGGCCGGGCCCCCGAAAGUGGCUGCCAUCUGCUAGAGAGAGGUCGGCGGACCCCAUCAGAGAUCCAGCAGACUGCAUACCUUCAACUGCUUCCGCAUCCCCCCAGGGGACCCAUGGCCCUGAGCCCCUACCCAGAGAGGACCCUCUCUCUGUGCUUGCAGGAGUCCAAGGCAAGGGGAGACUGCUCCCAGCAUCUCCAUCCUGUGGGGACCCCCAGUGCCCUCAGCAUCUGCUAGCCCCUCCCCCUACCCAGACACCCCUGCAAAGGGCCAAGUGCACCCCCGGUCAUGUGCAGUGCCCAGCUGAGCCCCCACCAGGGAGGACAAGCCCCUGUAGCCCUGAGGGAGGCCCAGCAGACAACAAUCCCUUAGUGGACGCCCUCACGGGGGGCCAGCCAGACGUGAGCCCUGCCCAUGGAGGGCAUUCCUCUAACAACAGUAUUCCCAGAAUACAAGAAGAGCCCCGGAAAGUGAGGCUGAGGAGGUCCCCUACCCAUACAAUGCCUUCUCCCCCAGCCAAAGCUGUCUCCCUGAGAGGAACCAGCAAGGCCCCUAGGGGUCCCCGAGUUCCCACUGCAUAUGGCACAGAGGUGACUAGAGGGUUGCAGACACUGGACCCCAGGAUCGUGUCCCCAGAACUUCACUGUGCCUCCUCAGACCCUCUAGGCCCCGGAGAAGGUCAGCAAGUCACAGCCAAACCCACAAGCCCGUGUCCUAGAGAGGCCAUAGGGUCUGAGGUCGGAGAGGACUGCAAGUCACCUGGCAUUGGACACUCUGAGAGCCACAGACACGUCCCUUGCCAAGCACCUGGGGGAGACCCCCCAUGUCCCCAAGACUCCAAGCAGAAGUCCCAGGGCUUCCAAAAAAAGCCCCAGUCCUCAGGGCACAGCCAUCGGACAGAGGGUACCAGUCAAGCCUCAACACCCGCGGUCACCUGCGAGGUCUGCUGGGCUUCCUUCCGUUCAGGGCCUGGGCUGAGCCGGCAUAAGGCCAGGAAGCAUCGCAACGGUUCAUCUGUAGCACACCAAACUGGUCUCUCUGCUCAUGGGGCACCCUCAGCCAGCAUCACCCGGACCCCAGGAAAGAAAGGCCGAAAGACGCCGGGGAAAGAUAAAUCAAGGCCACGCUCUGGCCAGAGCUUCCCUGAGGACAGUCUGGGAACAGAGACUCCUGUGGAGACAAGGCAGGGCCACGGCAUUCUUGGGACACCAGGUUCCUCACCUCACCCUGAGCCACAGACCCCAGACCUGCUGGGACAAGAGGCAAGUGUGAUGCCUCAAGUCCCCAGACCCAGGAAGACAGGCAGAGUGCAGGACGAUAUACCCAGAGCCAAGCACACAGAGACAAGAGCAUCCCAGAGACAAGGCAGAAGGCCACAGCAUCUCCCCAGCGACUCUAAGAAGUCACAUCAAAAAUGGGGGAAAGUGAGCGUGAAAAGGUUCCGGAAGAAGAGCGAGGCUUCUGACUCGGAGGAGAGCUGUCCUCAAGUCUCUCCUGAUGUGAUUUCAGAUAGACCCGACUCAAAUCCAUCAAGUGCGAUUGCCAAUUACCCAGCUCGCCCCAGCCACCGCCUCUCACCAGAGGGAGAGCAGGAGAAGGAUGAGCUACAGCCCUCUCGUGCUGCCACGCCAGAGCCAGGGGUGAUGGGACACGUGGAGGAGACCCCUCACCAGGCGGGGCGGGAUGCAGCCAUACUUGGCAGUGGCAGGAAACCCUCUCAGGCAGCCAGGAGCAGGGCUGCAGAUGAUGGCCGGGGGUCCAAGAGCUGGGCAGGGAAAGGCAUGAUGGGGACAUGUAAGCUCUCCUCAGAGCCCCAAGGUGCCUCCAAGUCUCCCAGUUCCAAAUCGAGCAGCCCUAUCAACUGUAGCCCCCAGGGCUUCCUGAGCCACCCAGAGGCUGGGGAUCAUAUCCAGAGCAGCUUGUCAGGAGCCUCCAGCCCCGGUCUUGUGGGUCCCCUGGGGCUGUUUGAUGAUGAGACUUCGUUUUCUCAGCUCUUUCCUCUGGGCGACCGUUUGGUGAGAAAGAAGAACCCUCGUGUCUACGGACAGCGCUGUGGGAAGAAGCCAAAGCCACCACCGACCCCUGAGCCACACAGCAAGGUGGGGGACACCACCCCACUGUGCUCCACCCGCCUGCCCACAGACCUCAGAGACUGUGGUUCCCCGUGUCUGUCCCCCGAGGAGCUCUGGGAGAAUGAUGCCUCUGACCUGCCAGAGGCCUUCCUAGUGGACAGCAUCCUCAGUAGCAAGGUGCCGGACAUCAGACCCUGGAGUCCCGGACCCAGCGUGUGGGACCUGGAGCAGCCGGAGAAGGGGCCCUCCCCCUCCUCCACCCCCACGGAGGAGAAGCACCCAGACAACAUGUCAGAGGGUCUCCCCGAACUGCACAGAGUCCCAGCCACCUGGCCAGGCCUGGAGCUGCAAAACUCCCCCAAUGAGACCUCUUCUUUGGGGGAAAUGAGUCCCGAGCCCCCUAGCCUGGAGAAAGAAGGCUGUGAUAACCGAUCCCCGGAGAAUGCGGACAUGCUACCGUUCCCAGGCCUGGAUUUUGACAUUUUUAGCACCAAGUUUGAAAUGGAAGACCUGUCCCUUCUGGAAUCCUGUGAAGACCCCAGGGGGCUUCCCAGCUCGCACUUUCUAAACCUCCAGGCAGGAAGGAGCUCACAGGGGCUACAGGGCACAAGGUCAGAAGUGGCCGAAGGAGACCCCAAUCGAGACCCCCAGACGAGAGUCAAGAGGGGCUCCUAUAAGUGCAGGGUGUGCUUCCGGCGAUUCGGAGGCCUGGGCGAGCUGGACCUCCACAAGAUGGCCCACAGCCCCUCGCCGCCGCCCACCUGCUACAUGUGUGUGGAGCGUAGGUUCGGCUCACGCCAGCUGCUACGAGAACACCUUCGGGAGAAGCAUGGUCAAAGUAAGGCCGGCCUGUGGACCUGCGGCAUGUGCUUGCACCAGGUGCCCGACGUCUGGAUGUACAACGAACACCUUCGUGAGCACGCUGUGCGCUUCGCCCGCCGGGGCCAUGCGCGGACAUCCCUGGGGGACUUGUCCGGCUGCGUGGAGGAGGGCAGCCUCCUCCCACAUUUCCUUAACAACAUCGUAGGGCAGGUCUCCCUUCCCCACAGGGGCCAGAACGCCAUCCCCAAAGUCAACGGGGGCUCCCCAGAGGCUGCACGGGAGGCGACGGCUACACCCAAACUUCCCAGGGCCAACCCUUCAGACCAAGAUGGCACCUUGACGCCAGGCGGCGACGUGAUCAAUACCAAUGUCUUGGCCAUCAAGAGCCCACCCAACUUCGCUCUGUCCAGCUCCAAUAAGGCGCCACCCAGCUUACCCUCCGAUCAUUGUUCCCUUAACGAACCCCUCCUCAGAGCCACACCGGUGCAUGCAGACUGCAAAGACCCCUCCCGCCACUGCCACCACUGCGGAAAGCAGUUCCCCAAGCCCUUCAAGCUGCAGCGCCACCUGGCGGUGCACAGCCCACAGCGCGUCUUCCUGUGUCCGCAGUGCCCAAGGGUUUAUGCCGAGCACAGCCAGUUGCGCGCCCACCGCAGCCAGGAGCACGCGGCGCAGGGAGAAGCCGAGCGGCCGGCCACGCCACUGUACGCCUGCGAGCUCUGUGCCACCGUCAUGCGCAUCAUCAAGCGUUCCUUCAUCUGCAGCGCCUGCAACUACACCUUCGCCAAGAAAGAACAGUUCGAUCGUCAUAUGGACAAACACCGGAGGCUUGGGCAGCAGCCCUUCGCCUUUCGAGGCGUGAGGAGGCCAGGGGCCCCUGGGAAGAAGGCCGCGGCUUUCGAGGGCACGCUGCCGAGCAAGCGGCGCCGGGUAACCAUGCCCGGCAGUGCCCCAAGAUCCAGCGUGGAUGGACCACAAUCCCUGGACAGCAGCCCCGCCCCAGACACUGCGUCCCCCGAAGCCUUGUAUCCUCUCUUCCCGGAGCCAGCUCUAAGCACUGCUCAGGGACUGUCCCAGACCCAGGAGAGAUCGCUGGACCCUGAGGACGGCGCGCCACCUGACUGCCCGGAGCUUCUACCUCCGCCCCUGUCUCCUUCCUCAGCAGCCCCAGCUGGUGGCAAAGGUGGGCGAGAGGAUGAGGCUCCGCCUGACAGCCGUCUGCCCCCUCACCCACACGAUGUCCCACCGGGGGCCGGAAGCCAAGACUUAGCGGACAAGACGGCUCCUCAUCUACUUUGGGUGAAGCACAGGAAGCCAAGAGCACCCCACAAGUGUGCCCCUGGCCCAUCCCUGGAAGACACCCCCCUCAUCCAAAGAGAGAAGCUGGUGCCCAGGAGCCACAUGGUGGCCGAGGGAGGCCCAGGGGGUGCCCCCCACAAAGGAGGUGCUGCCAAAGCCAGGAGUACCCGGGGUCCAGCUGAUGGCAAAGGUCUCACAGCUGUGGCACCGCCAAGGAAGGUCCUGCUGAGUGCGGCCACUGCAGAGCCAGCCAGGGACACUGAGGACAGGCCAAGGUCCACACCUCCCAAAGUCAAACUGGACCUCAGCUCCCAGGGCAGUGGGGACCCCCGACACGGUCCCAUAGUAGGGGGUGGCAGUCAGCCCCAGCCGGCCAGCGGGCAGCUCCAAAGUGAAACGGCCACCACCCCUGGCAAGCCCCCCUGCCAGGGCCCAAGUCCCCCACCAGCCAAGCCUCCUCCCCAAGCCCCAGCCAAGGGCUGUAGCCUGGGGCCCCAGGGAGGCAGGGAACUGGGGCCUGGAGGCAGUCUUGGCCCUAAAGAGAGCAUGUGGGCUGUUGGGGGGAAGAGGAGGGGCCGCGCCCCAGGACCCACAAGGAGUGAAACCCUGGAGAGUCUGGGGAGAGACCCCUCUGUGCCUGACAGGCCUCCCCGGAACCCUCGGAAGCAAGCGGUCCCCAGCCGAGUCCCUCCUGCCAAUGCCAGACUGAGCAGCCAGAGGGUGUCUCCCGGCCAUGGGGGCUUCCGGCGCAAGAGGGAGGGUCUGGUUAUGGCUGCCCCAGAGAAGAGACCCCCACACGGAUCCCCCAGGAGAGGCAGGGCUGUCCCUCCCAGCCCCCGUGCCCUCCAUACUGCCGAGUCCCAGAGCCACCUCCUUAGUCAGCUCUUUGGGCGGCGACUGACCAGCUUCAAAAUCCCGCUCAAGAGAGAGCCUUCCGAGUAG